AUGACACGUUCUCUUGCAUCCGAAUGGGCUAAAUAUGGCAUGCGUUUCAAUGUGAUCGCACCAGGCCCGAUACCAACUGAGGGUGCUUUCUCACGACUAUCCAGUGGUCCAAUGGAGGACAUGCAGAAAGCAGCCGCCACUCUCAUACCUGCCGGAAGGCUUGGACAGCCGGAAGAACUUGCCAACCUGGCUGCAUACGUCUGCUCCGAUUAUGCCAGCUGGAUGAACGGAGCGAUUAUCGACUUCGACGGCGGCCAACAGUUUCUGAACCAUAACAGUUCGUUUGGGUCACACCUUCAUGAAAUGUCAAGUGAUGAUUGGGGACAGAUCGAAAGUACUAUUCGCCAACGAACCGGAAAAUCGAAGAGCAAAAUGUGA